UUGUACAGGUAAAUGGCGAGGCGACAUCUUGUGUCUGGACUAUUAUCGACCAGGAAAGCGCAGACGACAGACGAUUCCUCUGAGACACUUGGUCCUGCACAGAGGAGAGCACUGUCAACCAUGUCUGACAAACAAGCGUCUGCUCCACAACAGGGAAAGCUCCAGAAAAGAGGAGGUGAACAAGAAGGUUCUAGAGGCGGUGGCCGGGUCAAAGUUCACCUACACGCCGUGACCGAUGAACAGGCUGAGCUACUUGUGGAUACAGUGAAUGCACGUCCACUGGAGGAGGUCAAGAAGAAGACAGGCGCUGAUGUACACUUUGACCCCAACCCGUCACCUGUACCAGGUAUGAAGAUUGUCAUCAUCCGCUGUGUCUCAUCUCAGAUCGAGGCGGUCGUCAGGCUCAUCAGGCAGAUGACUGGUAGUCAGGCAACACUCACAGAAGAAGUUCAGACAUUCUGGCUCCAGUGGGUUGAGGCCGCGUACCCUGACCUCGAGUCUCGCGCCUACUUCCUGCCUCCUGUCUACUUCAACCACGUGCCGAUGACUAGACAGACCAUUGCAGGUCAGGAUGUCAUGGUUCUUGACUCCCCAUCUGAAAAAGCUAGUAAACGAAGGGGUCUUCUAACAAAAAUUAGAUCUUUACUGAAGUCAUCCAAAACACAUGAACCACAACAUCAAGCUGUGUUACCUUCAAACACGCCGGUGAUGACUCCAUCAGAAACAGCUGAGACAUCCAUUUCUCACCCUGCUACAGCCCAGGACAGUGACAUUAGAAAUGACACAGCCAUGAAACAAGUUCUCUUAUGUCUUCAGAGUUUGUCAAAAAGGAAAAGAGAAGUGUUAGUUGGAAUCACUCGACUCCACUUCGGACAAUAUCUGACUGAACCUUGUUUUUCUGUGGCGGCUGCCCAGUUACCCCGAGCCUCCAGCCUGCCUCCUGACUUGCCACAGAACUGGAAACAGGGAAAAUUUGAUGUGCUUCUUAUUCACCGACAUUACGGUCUUGUUGUCUGCAAUGUGAUGUCGGUCGGUGACAUUACAAACGACCUUAAAAUGUCACAGGAGGAUAUUGUCAAGACCAUCAGAAAGAAGCUGAGAGACGCCGUGUCACAGCUGAACAAAGCGGAGGCCAUGUUGUCUCACCUGGUGUCUGAUGUCUGUCCCGGUCUGCGCAUCACCAAGACCAUCGCCGUCCCUAACCUCACGACUGACCAGGUACAGCAGGCCAUCUCUCACGACUCACAGCUCACUGAGGACCUGCAUUGCUGUCUAAAAACUACUGACCCCGCCGACAUCGCUGGUGUGUGUCUGUGCUGUGAUCAGUUGUCUGACCCCAAGACACCGUGUGACGUCAGUAGUCACGUGUUAGAGAAACUCGGCGAAUGGUGGACACGACGUGUGACUGUGUCUGGGCCUGACAGUCACAUGACACGUCACGUGUACAAGACACUAGUAGCACGGUUCUGUGGUCCGGCGACAACAGUGACUGUGCCAUGCACAUGUCCUCCACGUGUGAACUUGACUACAGAAUCAGCAUCUUCCAGACUUUGUGUAAGUUGCUGCUGA